AUGUGCCCUUACCACAUUGAUGUCUCUCCCGAUGACGUCAACUUGUCCAAUAUGAAGAUUUCUUGGUGGCAGAGGUAUUUGCGCAUUGCCGGUAUUACUAUAGCCACCGGUGGUUUGAUCGUUGGAUGGGCUUUCCCGGUUGAGAUUGUUGGUUUGGUUUCUCAGAUUGAUUAUCUCACAGAAAUGGUUCUAAGGCUGUGGCUUGAUAAGCUUCCCAACUUUUUUCUUGGUCUGAUUCAAGGUAUUUCACCUCCAAUGGAUUUGGCAAUCCCGGUAGCAUUGUUACCCAUUAUCCUUCAUGCAUUUCCGAAGCUUCAGGGAAAAUCACACUGGUAUGGCCAUCGCGAGGGCCGUUCAGGGAAUGUAUUUUGCUUCCCUGUUUAUUCAGAUUUUCCUCAUUGUCAAUUUCUCAUCCGGUAUUACUACCGUUCUCAGAAAUUAGCAGAUAACACUGAAUCUGCGCCAUCAAUUUUGGCCCAGAACCUACCGAAGGCAUCCAACCUCUUCUCUCAGAACCUGCUACUACAAGCAUUCACUGUCAGUGGUGGAACAAUUCUACAAAUUGGGACAUUACUCGUACAAUUCAUUCUUAGUCCAAUUGUUGACUGUACUGCUCGUCAGGAGUUUGUCCGGGUGGCACGGCUUGCGCAGGCGAAAUGGGGCACUUUCUUCCCGGUACAUGUGAAUUUGGCGUGCGUUGGGGUUGUUCACUCAGCCAUCUCCCCAUUGGCUCUCAUCUUCAAUGUCUGCACAUUCAGUCUUUUCUGGAUAGUAUAUCGUUAUAUCUUCUCUAUGCCAACAACUUUCGCUUCGAUACAGGAGGUUUGCUCUUCCCCAGCGCGGUCAACCAGUUGUUUACAGGAAUAUAUGUUAUAGAGGUUUGUUUGAUUGGUCUCUUCUUCCUUGUCCGGGAUACCAAAGAUCGUGUUGUUUGCUUUCCGCAAGCAAUCACCCUGAUCGUCGUCACAAUAUUUACCGUCCUAUACACUUUGAACUUGGCCUUCGGUCCAUUGUUAACCCACUUGCCCAUUACUCUGGAAGAUGACGCUUUUCUCCACGAUGAAGCAUUGGCGAAUGAUAACGAAAGGCGAAGACUGUUGGCUAGCGGCAACAUCAUUCCAGAGGAGCAAGAAUGCGACGAUCGGAAUGACGUUUUUGCAGAGUGGGAAAAGCGAGAGAGGCGCAUGGAUCAGCGUGCGGAUGAGAUUGAAAUGCGGAAAAUCCGCAAAGUCCGCAAAAAGAGGAAGGAAGGAAAGUCAUCUUUCUCACGAGGUGGAAGACAAGCCGAGGGGCCAGACGUCGGAGACCCACAAAUGCAAUCGCGUCCUCCACCGCCAGAGCAACAGCCGCAUACUAGACCAGAGCUAAUAUUUUUUGAAGACAUUUACCGAUCAGAUUGAAGACCUGUCACCGGCAGAACAGGAUAUGCUCCUUGGUAUGGCAUUCCAACAGAAGGCCCUGCGUGCGCAACUCCUAGUGACCCGGAUACUAGGAGACGACCUGGUAUUUCUGACAAUGUUAUCCGGUCUACACACAGGUUUAGUGACAAUGUCUGGAUUAGCAACGAAUAUUCUGGUCCGGAUCUCAAGGGUGGAGUAG